UGCUUUUACAUUUUAUAACGCAAUUUCGCAAUCAUGUACCGAUUAAUUUUUGUGUUUCUCGCUGUAACCAGCGUUCGGUCCGCAAUCAUAACCUUGAACGUAAAUACGCAAUCCGGCGACAAUCCGAAUGUAAUUUCUAAUUCCGAUCCAAAUAAUGUUAUAAUGUAUGCAGAAGCCCAAAAAGCGGCAUUUACGAUUAAGUACAACUACGCCGACAGUCAUUUGGAAGUACGUGACUCAUUUUUAAGCUUUGGAAAAUGGACCGAUGGUAAAUGUAAUGAGUUAACGUCUCCAAAUGGUUCGAAAAUCUCAAAAGAUAAUCCGCUGACCGUUCGAGCGUGCGGCCGUGAACAUUCGCCGUCGGGUGUCACUGGUUAUUUAUUCCUGAGGAAGCAAGGCGAGACGGAGAAUGAUUACAAGUUGACGUUUGAUGUGCCGUGGGGAGCAGGUGCUAACAAGUUUGUGUUGACCGCGCUUAAAGAAGAACCGGUUAUAUCUUGUGAGCUAGCCCCUGAUAGCGGAUCAAGUAUGGUUAAUAAAGCUAUUCGCUGUUUUAGAGUUCAAUAAUUUUCAACAUUACCGUAAUCGCAUUGUAUUGGUGUAGUCUUAGUGAAUACUUUGUGUAAUAAAAAUUGUAUUUUUUGGCAAUAGUGUAUUCUUUAGUGAACACGUUUUGUAAUAAAAAUUGUAUAUUUGGUUAUUAGUGUAGUCUUAUCGUAUUGUAAUAAAAAUUAUAAUUUCAGAGCGAAAUA